UCUCGCAGUCGGCACACGCGAGCGGCUAAGUUCAUGGUCGUCACAGGCAUAGGGCCCAUAUGAUCCGCCGCCGAUCGUGAAAUUUCCUCUCGGAAAUUCGACCGAUCCGCUGUGGCCAUCGUCUUUCCCAGAACACUAAGGGAUCGCUUUCGACAGUGUGCUCUUGUCGCAUUCAACUCGAUUAUUUGAGCAGUGUGGACAUGGAGCAGCACCAACUCUUCUUAUUCCGCUGGUUCUGGACCCUGUGAGUGUCGCUUUAAUCCUACCCACUCUGAAAAUGCUUAAGGGCGAGAUGGAGCAGAGCAAACCCUCGACUGGAAACGCAGUUGUCUACUUCUCUGUCAGUUUUAAGCAGCUUUGUGUCCUCACCGUGUCUCUUCCAAUUUUUGGACUCUUCAUCUGUUUUGUCUCUGCCUACAUUUUUCAACAGGAUCAAAUACAUGAAACACACUGCAAAGUGUACAACAUCAUACCUUCCAUCAGUGCCAUAACUGGAAUCAGCCCACAGCGCUACCUGUGGCGUAUUUGUGUCGCCCUUCAUAUCGGGCCGAGGAUUGUGAUCGCCAUUGUGUACAACACAUACUACUUAUCACGCUUGCCGAGCAUCUCGACGGAGGACCAGGCCAAAUACAAGCGCCUCCUCAGCAUCUGCUUGUGGCUCAAUCUUAUAGAGAUAGCCUCUUUGCUCGGAGUUACUUAUGUCUCCAACAGGGAAAAUUAUCCUCUCCAUGAGAAGAUGUUCAUAUGCUUUAUGAUAUGCUCGCUGAGCCACAUGCUGGUUGUGCUGCGGACAUUGAACAUCCUGAAGCCUCAACUCACCGAAAAUGAGCAGCGGUCCUACGACCUAAAACGCUUCCUAUUUGUCACAUCUCUGGUCAGCACGCUAGGGCUUUUAAUUUUCUUUGUGAAGCACCGCUUCAUGUGUCACGUGAUGGCAUUCAGCUGGUUUUCGUUUUGUGAGUACAUCAUCGCCUGUGCCAACAUGGCGUUCCACUUCACCGUUGUCCUUGACUUCCCGACCGAGGAAAUGAUGGUGGUCAACGGACUGCCAGGCAGAUUACCAAAUUGUGAACUUAGGAGAGACUCAAAUAGCAAGAAAGUUGCGUAAAAAGCAUAGCCCUCUCCUGCUCCUAUCAGCUCCUAUUUUGUUUUGACUUGCAUAAAUAAGUCAUCAACUCUAGUCGGCUACUUUGAUUCGUCAGCCUGAUAUAUAUGGACUCUAACGGGCAUGGAGACUUGAGGAUAUUCUAUUUUUAUGGCUAGAUCUUGACUUUCGCAACAAAUUGCAAAAUUCCUGAGUGCGAGAAGCCUCAAUUUAGUUAAUCACUGGGAGGAAAAAUCUUAAAUAAUUAUAUCGGCGAUUGCAGACUUAAUUUUUUUGUGUGCGUCAAGAGUUAUCUGUAUAAAAUUUGAACUGGUCAUGUCUCUCAAGCGACGAUUGUCUCAUAAAAAGCAAAACUGGACACGAUCUGCAAUAACUUCCAGUUUCUUUUUAGUUUUAGCAGGAAUUUAAUGAAUAGUUUAUCUCGCAGAUGUACAUUUGUAUAGAAGGAAUGUUAAUUUUCUCGAUCAAAAGGAGCAGAUUUCCCCCCCGCCCCCUUUAUGAAGAGUAAGGAAUUUACAAAGUCCCUUAAUCUCGCAUGUUCCAAUGUCAGAAAAAUGUUUGCUUACUUACUCUACACUAUAAUGACAUGCUGAACAAACUGUAACCUGCAGCGUUAUUUUUAACUAGCUGAAUAUUGUAGUUUUGAAGAAUUUCCUUCAGCCACCAGCAGCUAUUGAAUCUGCAAAUCAGUUUUUGUCUCCCUGGAAGGAGAGUCUCUCACAUAAUUUCGGGAUUGUUUUCCUGAAUACUCUCUUAUGAAGCAGUGCUUCUCGUUGGCAUUUCUCUCUAUCUUGAUAUUAUUUUUAAUUUGCAUUUACGAAAAUCAUUGCUACUGCGGCUUGUAGGUCAAAUUCCACACUCGACUCGGAUUAGAGCGUCCAUCGGGAUCGGGAAAUAACCGGGAAAAUUUGGAUCCUGGGCAGAAGUUUAUUUUUUCAGGACAGGAAAAACCCAAUGAGCAGUUCCACGCGAAUUCGACCUCCAAAUUGUGGAGGCCGAUUGGACGGGAUUUUUUAGGUGACAGUUAAAGAACUUGUUAAAUUCCAGGUUUGAAAUUAUUCACCCGAAGAAUUUUCGGGGAUUUUUUAUAUAAAUAGGGAACGCUCCCUUUCCUGAGUUUCAAACCUGAAAUUUCACCAUUUUUACUAACAAAAGCAAAAAUUUUAAUCGCUAAAAAUCCCGUGCAAUGCCUAAUCGAACUUCAAAUUUCCAAAUUCGCCUGAAACUUCCCUGAUGGUAAAAUUAGAUAACAUGCAUCGCAGGGAAAAAUACGAUUAUUUUUAAUUAAAAAAUAAAAUUUGGCACCUUUUCCUCCGUAUUUACAUUUUUUAGACAUUUGCAUGGAAGUUAUUUUAUCCGGACAUUUUCCUGAGACUAGGCCGUAAACUCGGGACAAAAAAAUAAUCCCGACGGACGCUCUAACUCGGAUCUGUAGUCAAUUGAACCGCGCAUUUUUUCCUAUGCUUUAUGAAAACUCUCGGUAGCUGUAGUCGAUAUACUGUAUAAUCAUUUCUGCCUUGGCUAAACCUUUCUGAUAUUAUUAUUAUUUCCUUCGCUGGACCCUUGCUGCCUCUAAAUCCGUUUUGUAGGUGUCGUUAAAACGCUGCUGCAUCCGAAUUUCCGCCCUGGCGAGGGCACUUUUUCAAUUCAGUCCAACUGUUUGAUGAAGCCGUACACGGGACUAAAGUGAACCGCCCUCUUUUCUACACAACUAACUAUAAAAAAUAAUACUCUCUGCGCUUUAGUCAUUUUCAUGAUCUCUCUAUUGGCUAAAAACAUAUCUAACCAAAAACUGAAUGUUACGAGACCGUUUUCUCUUUUAGGCAAAUAGGCAUGCAAUUAUUACUGUUGUUUGCUUUUCCGGCACGAACUUACACUAUAUUAUAUAUAUAUAUUUCUGGUCCAAUUAGAUUGAUUUUUUUAUUUUCUUUCGUAAAAGGUGGAACCCGUGAGAGUGAAGUGCUCAAUACACACGACGGACGCUCGUGUGUAACACUCGGUGCAUAUCAGGGCAAACAAUAGUCAUUUCCUGGAUUGUUAUACUUACAAAAAUCAGAAAGAAUUAAUAAAGCAAACGCGUUUAUGGCUUUUUGGUUUGCGCGCUAAAGGCUGAAACUAUAGUGUUGUGGAACUGAAACACGAGCAGCGUACGCGUUCGUCAUUAUUUGGAUUUACGAUUGUGUUAAACGUAGCCGCGAUAGCUAUUUUUACAACAAGUUUCUUUAAUGACACCUGCCCUUAAUGUACUAUAUACUGAAGAAUAAUUACGAAUUCAAUACGCGCUCCGACCGAAAUGUCUCCACCAAAAACCCGGUAGUCAUUUACACACCUUUUUGUUUGUAGGUUAUGUAUGUUCGCAGCUGAUUUUGAAAUAAACUUGAUAUUGUUAAAAUCGCA